UCAGUCACAAUAAAGAUGGCGGCUGCGGUGAAGAACCGGAGCUGCGGAGCUUCUUCGUUUAUUUUUCUGUUUUCUGUUGUCAGUUUGUGUCAAAGUUUGUUCAGCGGAGGAGACACUUUUCAAAGGAAGUUGUCAGUAGAGUUGAACCCCGGCUCCUCCUCGCCGCCUCCUGGUGGUGACUUGCUGCACGUCAGAGCUGUGGGAAAUAAUGACACGCUUCACUUCCUGUUCUGCAGCCAGGGGGCGCCAACGCUGCUGCUCGUCCACACCGACACGACUUCUUCUACUGUCAAGGUGAACUGGACUCAGUUUAUAGAUCGUAACCACAGCGGUGGCCUUCAGGUGGAGCCGGAGACCAGCAUCCUGUACAGCACUGCCCUCGUCUUUAGCAGGUUGUUGGAGUACGAUGACGUCAACGACACGGCCGAUCCGACUUCUGACCUUUUACCUCCGUACGAGCUGCAGGACUUCAGCUGGUCUCGUCUCAACCUGUCGGGUCCAACCGCUCUGCUCUGUGGAGCUGCUGCGACCUUCACCAAUGGGUCGCUCUGCCUGCAGCUGUCGGUGUUUGAAGCAGAGGGUCGUGAUCAGUCGUGGCCCCGCCUCCUCCACACGGCUAACUCCUCCCAGUUGAGGGUGUGGCUCAAUGGCAUGUCGCCACGGGCGAGUCAUUCCAGGUUCCUAUUGGAGCUGCAGUCGGUGGGCGGGGCUUCUCCUCUGAGCAGAGUGGAAGUUCAUCGAUCAAUUAACGACGAGUACACACCUUCAAUAUUCAAGGUGUCUCGGUGGGUUCCGUUUGUGAACGGCAGCUCUGGUGCUCCGGGAUUCGUUCAGUGGAAGCCGGUGGCGUACCGUCGGUCUGAGCCGGCGCUGGAGGACGCCACGCCGUGCCGCCACUCCGAGCCGCGGCCUCAGAGCGGCGGGGCGACGGAAUCCGGCCUUGUGCGAGGGUUCUACGCAGAACCGGAAACAUUUGUACUGAACGUGAGCUUUGGCCUGGCAGGAGAACCGUUCUACAACAGCACCAAGUUCCUCAGCUGGGCCCUGUUGGUGGGCUCUGGCUCUCCCCCCGUCGACUCCUUCUCUCCGUUGGUUCUCAGCACGAUGGCGGUCGGUCUGGGAACUCCCAUGAUCCUCCUGCUGCUGGGCGGAGUCUGUGUCUGCGCCCGCAAACGGACGGUGGCUUCGGCGACGGCGUACGAGCCAAUCAACUGACGACAAUUAGAACUUUGUUUUUAAAGACUCUGUGAUUGUGUUGACAGACAGGUGACAUCACUGUGACCCUGCAGCCAAUCAGGACCCAGGAGACGUUUUUUAAAGAUUUUUUUUUCUUGUUUUUUACUGAUGAAGAAAAUUCAGAUCAACAAUUCUGACUUUUUUAGAUUAUUAUAAUAAGAAUUAUAAUAAUAAGAAUAAUAAUAAUUGAUGUUUAAUCAAUAACGCUGAUCAGAAGUGUUGAUCUGAGACUUUUCAAACAGGAAGCUGCAGAAGAAAAUCAACUUCAAGUCUGUUUCUGGUUCUUAAAGCAGUAAAACGUUUAGUUUUGUGAA